GGGAAUAAAGAGGGGGGAGAUCUACGGAGAAAAGAAGAAAUUGGGAAGAAGAAGAAGAAGAAAGAAAGUUGAAAUCAUGAAUGUUGAGGAAGAAGUUGAACGUCUCAAGGAAGAAAUCAAGAGACUUGGCAAGGCCCAAGAUGAUGGCUCCUAUACGGUGACAUUUGGAGUGCUGUUUAAUGAUGAUCAAUGUGCCAAUAUAUUUGAAGCACUAGUUGGGACUUUGAGGGCUGCAAAGAAACGCAAGGUCCUGAAAUUUGAAGGAGAGCUGCUUCUACAAGGAGUUCAUGACAAUGUCGAGGUUAUCCUCCUACCUGAGCCUGCUGCUGUUGCAAAAGCAUAGAACAAAAUCUCGGCACUUUUGCUCUUGCAAAUGUGUUUGUUAUAAUUGUUAUGUACAAUUAUAUAAAUAUUAAGCCAGACAGACACUUCUGGUGACUGGUUGUGUUCUCCUUUUUAAUUUUUUUUCUGUGAAAAACAGUUUUCAUUUUGGCAAAUAUGAGACUGGCUUAGCCUAUAGCCUAGCCUAGCCUUAUAUUAUGUAAUGCAUACAUUUGUUGCCGUGUUCA